CUAUCCUUAUAUUCAAUAAGCCUGUCCUCCCUCUGUUCUAUCUGUCCCUCCGUUCUGAGUCGUCAUGUUGUCCAUAGUGGUGGAACACAUCUUUCUCUUGGUCAUCGUCACUCUCAUUAGCGUCCUACAGAAUGGUUUCUUUGCAACAAAGGUAGAGAGGGAGGGUAAAGAGCACAACAACAAAACUGCUUUUGAGAGAGUGUCCUGCGCCAAUCGUAACUGUAUGGAUUCCUAUGCUACCUUCCUAGCAGUGAUGUGGUGUGCUGGGCUCUGCCUUAACCAAGCUCCUGCUGCCUUCGCAGGGAUCAUCUACCUGGUGGCCAGACAGAAGUACUUUGUUGGGUACAUGGGUCAGACAUCUCAGAGCACUCCAGGGUUCCUGUUUGGGAAACGCGUCCUGGCCUUCCUCAUCCUGAUGUGCAUUGUCGGUAUCUUCAACUUCCUGCUGGUGCGUUACCUCGGCAACGACUAUAAAGACACCAUGGAAACAAUCACCAACGCAGCCUCUGCUCUACUCCUCAUUCCCUGAACUACGGCAGUGACUAUAGUCUUAUGUUUGUGUGUCUGUGUUGAGGUACUACGGAAAGUGACUAGAGUCUGUUUUGUGUCUAUGUUGAGGUACUACUGAAAGUGACUAUAAAGUCUGUUUAGUGUCUGUGUUGAGGUACUACUGAAAGUGACUAUAGAGUCUGUUUAGUGUCUGUGUUGAGGUACUACGGAAAGUGACUAUAGAGUCUGUUUAGUGUCUGUGUUGAGGUACUACGGAAAGUGACUAUAGAGUCUGUUGUGUGUCUGUGUUGAGGUACUACUGAAAGUGACUAAAGUCUGUUGUGUGUCUGUGUUGAGGUACUACGGAAAGUGACUAUAGAGUCUGUUUAGUGUCUGUGUUGAGGUACUACUGAAAGUGACUAUAGAGUCUGUUGUGUGUCUGUGUUGAGGUACUACUGAAAGUGACUAAAGUCUGUUGUGUGUCUGUGUUGAGGUACUACGGAAAGUGACUAUAGAGUCUGUUUAGUGUCUGUGUUGAGGUACUACUGAAAGUGACUAUAGAGUCUGUUUUGUGUCUAUGUUGAGGUACUACUGAAAGUGACUAUAGAGUCUGUUUAGUGUCUGUGUUGAGGUACUAUGGAAAGUGACUAUAGAGUCUGUUUAGUGUCUGUGUUGAGGUACUACUGAAAGUGACUAUAGAGUCUGUUUAGUGUCUGUGUUGAGGUACUACUGAAAGUGACUAUGAAGUCUGUUUAGUGUCUGUGUUGAGGUACUACUGAAAGUGACUAUAGAGUCUGUUUAGUGUCUGUGUUGAGGUACUACUGAAAGUGACUAUAGAGUCUGUUUAGUGUCUGUGUUGUGGUACUACGGAAAGUGACUAUAAAGUCUGUUUGUGUGUCUGUGUUGAGGUACUACGGAAAGUGACUAUAGAGUCUGUUUAGUGUCUGUGUUGAGGUACUACUGAAAGUGACUAUGAAGUCUGUUUAGUGUCUGUGUUGAGGUACUACGGAAAGUGACUAUAGAGUCUGUUUAGUGUCUGUGUUGAGGUACUACGGAAAGUGACUAUAGAGUCUGUUUAGUGUCUGUGUUGAGGUACUACUGAAAGUGACUAUAGAGUCUGUUUAGUGUCUGUGUUGAGGUACUACUGAAAGUGACUAUAGAGUCUGUUUAGUGUCUGUGUUGAGGUACUACUGAAAGUGACUAUAGAGUCUGUUUAGUGUCUGUGUUGAGGUACUACUGAAAGUGACUAUAAAGUCUGUUGUGUGUCUGUGUUGAGGUACUAUGGAAAGUGACUAUAAAGUCUGUUUAGUGUCUGUGUUGAGGUACUACUGAAAGUGACUAUAGAGUCUGUUUAGUGUCUGUGUUGAGGUACUACUGAAAGUGACUAUAGAGUCUGUUUUGUGUCUGUGUUGAGGUACUACUGAAAGUGACUAUAGAGUCUGUUUAGUGUCUGUGUUGAGGUACUACGGAAAGUGACUAUAAAGUCUGUUUUGUGUCUGUGUUGAGGUACUACUGAAAGUGACUAUAGAGUCUGUUUUGUGUCUGUGCAGGUGUGUAUUUGCACAGUACAAGGGUAGCAAGUGUGGUGAUGUGAUGGGUGAUUCAAUGUGGUGCAAUUAUCCACUUCUGUGCUCAAUCAUUUCAUGUUUUAUAUUCUUUAUUUUUUUUUAUUGUCUGGGAAAUAAAAACUUAAAAAGCUA